AGGAGAUUGUCAAUUUCAACUGCCGGAAGCUGGUGGCUUCCAUGCCACUCUUCGCCAAUGCAGACCCUAACUUUGUCACCGCCAUGCUGACCAAGCUCAAGUUCGAGGUCUUUCAGCCCGGCGACUAUAUCAUCCGGGAGGGCACCAUCGGCAAGAAGAUGUACUUCAUCCAGCAUGGCGUGGUCAGCGUGCUCACCAAGGGCAACAAGGAGAUGAAGUUGUCCGAUGGCUCCUAUUUCGGCGAGAUUUGCCUGCUCACGCGGGGCCGACGCACGGCCAGCGUGCGUGCGGACACCUACUGCCGCCUCUACUCGCUGAGCGUGGACAACUUCAACGAGGUGCUGGAGGAGUAUCCCAUGAUGCGGCGCGCCUUCGAGACAGUGGCCAUCGACCGCCUGGACCGCAUCGGCAAGAAGAACUCGAUCCUUCUGCACAAGGUGCAGCACGACCUGAGCUCAGGCGUGUUCAACAACCAGGAGAACGCCAUCAUCCAGGAGAUUGUCAAGUACGACCGCGAGAUGGUGCAGCAGGCAGAGCUGGGGCAGCGCGUUGGCCUUUUCCCGCCCCCGCCGCCGCCGCAGGUCACCUCGGCCAUCGCCACCUUGCAGCAGGCAGUAGCCAUGAGCUUCUGCCCGCAGGUUGCACGCCCACUUGUAGGGCCACUGGCGCUCGGCUCGCCGCGCCUUGUGCGCCGCAUGCCCCCAGGUCCCGCACCCACCGUAGCCUCUCCGGGGCCUGCGCCCACUGCCAGUCCCCCCGGCGCGCCUGCCAGCCCUCGGGCGCCGCGGACCUCGCCCUAUGGCGGUGCGCCCGGCUCGCCCGCGGCCCCCCAUGCGGGAUCUGCACUACCUGCGCGCCGGCUAAGUCGUGCUUCGCGCCCGCUGUCCGCCUCACAGCCCUCGCUGCCCCACGGUGCCCCUGGGCCUGCGGCUUCCGCGCGCCAGGCCAGCAGCUCCACCCCACGCCUGGGGCCCACACCUACCGCCCGGGCCGCUGCGCCCAGCCCGGACCGCAGGGACUCGGCCUUGUCCGGCACCGCCGGUGGCCUCGACCCGCUGGACUCUGCGCGCUCGCGCCUCUCAUCCAACUUGUGACCCUCGCGUGGCGCCCCGCGGGCCACCGGGCCGGGCGGGGCCGUCAUCCAGACCAAAGCCAUGCCAUGCGCUGCCCCGGCGCCCGCCCGCCCACGCAGAAGCCAUAGAG